AUGAAGCUCUCUGUUGCCGUCCGUGAGAUGACGCCUUCUGGCGCCAAGCAAGUAUUACACACUCCCAACCGCUCCAACUUAUUGGCGCGUCCUGCAUACGGUGGCUGCCGCCUCUGUGGUCUUCCUGGUCAUCAUUCAACCAAUAUCUCACAUCCGGCUGCAUAUCGUGUCGCUCUCUUCUCGCUCAUCGGCUUUUGGGAGGAUAUCGCAGACCAUGUAUCCUCCCUGUACCAGUACUCCGAGCGCUUCCAGAAAGCCAUCCAAACCAACGAGCCGACCUACGCAAUGCGUUUGGACAACCGACCGCUCAAAGGUGGCGAUAUGGGGUUCCUGGCGCACGUUCGCGGUAUUCGAGCAAAGGUCAACGUGGUGCUCGAUGAAGAGGGUUUGAGUAGGUAUGAGCGAGUAACCAAGAACUUGGAGGGGGUUUUCCUAGGUGGACUGACCUUGUCUAGCCUCUACGAGCGCAGCAUGGCGAUGGGGCAGUGA